AUCAUACCAUCGUGUGUUUAUAAUAAUAGUACCGAGUGAGAACUUGUAUUUAGAGGUUAAUGUUACUGAAAUUGUGGAGAAUAGAGAACGGUGGCAAAUGCUUUGACAAUUUAACCUAAAGUAAUUCUCAGUACUACUGAUUUGUUUCAAAAUCAACAAAAUGUAGCUGUAAAUCGGUAUUGAAUUGUGUUGCAGGUUUGUUUAAAAGCCGUGCAAGUUACUUAAUUAGUACGGUUUAAAAACAUUUUGAAAAUAAGCCGCGGUAAACUUGUAAAAAUUAAUAUCUAUAAAAUUAAAAACGCUGAACUUGAAGAUUACUACAAUCAUCCCUGAGCUAGUAGUAGUAGCGUCAGUGAUUAGUAUUAAAAUAUUAAAGUAAAGGUCGUUAAAAGUCAAGAUACUACAAAUUAAUUUAGUUUUAACGAUGGCUACAGGAGGAAGCAUUAAGCAACAAGGCAGCAAGCUGAAGAAGAAGCAUUUUAAACCUAAAUACCAGAAAACUAAAGUUUUCCGAGCUAAUGAGCCUUUACUUAGUGUUUUCAUGUGGGGUAUCAAUCACACGAUUGUGGAACAAACACAUGUUAAUAUCCCUGUAAUGUUGAUGCCUGAAGACUUCAAAGCAUUUAGCAAAGUGAAAGUGGACAAUCAUCAUUUCAACAAAGAAAACCUCCCAAGUCAUUUUAAAGUCAAGGAGUAUUGUCCUUUAGUCUUUAGGAACCUACGAGAUAGGUUUGGAAUUGAUGAAGGAGAAUACAUGAAUUCACUCAGCAAAUCUCAGCCAGUAGUAGUUGAAUCCCCUGGUCGAAGUGGAGCUCACUUCUAUCAAUCAUUUGACAAAAUGUUCAUUAUCAAAACACUUUUGAGUGAAGAAGUUGAACAAAUGCAUGUUUACCUUAAACAGUAUCAUCCAUACAUAGUUGAACGUCAUGGAAAGACAUUGUUACCUCAAUACUUGGGCAUGUACAGGCUGACUGUAGAUGGAGUAGAAACGUAUCUAGUGGUGAUGAGAAAUGUGUUUAGUAGCCCACUUAGCAUCCACAAGAAGUAUGACUUGAAGGGUUCCACAGUGGACAGGGAGACUCGAGAUAAGGAUAGGGGAAAGGACGUGGUCACUUUGAAGGACAAUGAUUUUGUCAAGGAUGGAAAAGUGGUACACAUAGGACCAGAAGCCAAGGAAAAGAUCAUGAAUAUCUUGUCUUAUGAUAUUGAAUUUCUCUGCAAACUCAAUGUGAUGGACUAUUCUCUUCUUCUUGGGGUUCACAACUGUGAAAAAGCAGAGCAAGAACGGGCAGAAGCCAUGGAGGCUGAUGGAAGUGGGGGUGAGAAUGGAGGGCCACUACCAACAGAUGAAGAUGAAGAUUCUGCUGGUAGCGGCCUGGUAGCAGUAGUGCCCACUCCUCCUGACUCACCCCAGACUGCUGUUCCUCCUGUUGUUGAGCCAUUUGACCCAGACAGGGACAUCUAUGCCAUCAACAGUUGUGAAGGAGCUCCAAAGAAGGAGGUGUACUUUAUGGCCUUGGUUGAUGUCCUGACUCAUUAUGGGAUGAGAAAAAGGACAGCUCAAGCAGCCAAGACAGUGAAGCAUGGCUCAGGAGCAGAGAUCUCAACAGUACAUCCUGAACAGUAUGCUAGGAGGUUAAUGGAUUUCAUCAGUAAAAUCAUACAGUGAAGAAGGGAUUAUAAAUUAUUGUUCAUAUAUAAGUGGUUUUGAUUUGAAGUUUUCUGUUGCAUGUGCAUCAGAUCAUUACUGCUAGUCUAAAGGCAUGUAGUAUGAGGGUUACGUUUUUAGUAGUUAUUUUCAACUAAUUAUCAAUAGUAUUUCUAUUAAUGCUCAAGUUUGUUUGUUGUUUUUAUUGGGAAAAUACUAAAAUUAUAAGAAAUUCAAAUUUCUAUAACUUGUGUGUUAAUAGCUGUAAGCCAUUUACAGCUUCAGACUUGGCCCGCUGAUGUUAAUUGUGUGGUUUAACCAAACAUAGUUUAACCGCAAGGUUCACUAGUACAUGCUAAUAUUAACUCAGUAUGCUAAUAUAUACAUUCUUGAAACUAGUGUCAUAUUUUAUCAUAGAUCCUAAUGCAACAGCAUUGUACUAAUCAAAAUGUGAGACACGCAAUACUCCAGCAGUAAGCUCUUUCUUCACCACUUAAUUGCUAAAUUUCAUUUUAGUACUAAAGUUCUAGAGAUUCUAAUUGUAAGUACAUUUUUUAAAAUAAUGGAUCUAAUUAGAAAUGUACAAGAAUACAUUUAAUCAGUUACAAAAGUUACAUGCAAAUACUUUUACUUUAUUAUGUUAAAAUUAUAUCAUAAACAAACAAUAGCAUUCAUGUUGGAAAUACAGAUAGUUCUAUUUAAGAUGCAAUUUAAAAUCCCAUUGUUUAACCUUAUAAAGCAUGAUAUUCAUUCCUCUUAAAGAAUACCUCAUUCCUGUCACUAUAUGAUGGACACUUGCAUUUCUUUAUGUUGUUGAAAAUGACUAUAUGGUUUCUAUAAAAUCUGUAACUUCAACGUUAGGAAGUAAUUAGUAGGAAAUAUUAUUAAUCAUCGGAUGAAAUAGACUAGUAAAUAACAGAAUAAAAAAACAUACAGGAAGAGUUCCAGUUGCAAAGUCAGACAUGCACUUUCUUUACCCCUAAAUAAAAAAAUUUUAUUAUGUUUUUUUUAAGUAAAACUACAUCUUUCAAAUGACAGAUUAGGUCAUGGUAUUGUGAUCGUGUUUUAAUAGUAGAUGACAGCCAGAAUUAAAACUUGGCUGAUUCCUGUGCUAAUUAACUACUUUUCAACACACAAAACAUACACAAGAUUUAAAAAAAAACUUAAAUAUUUUUGUAAAUCACUUAAGUCUUUUAGCAAUGGAACAUAUUAGUACGUCCAGUGAUAUGACAAGCAGGAGAAAUUCAAAAAGCAAUCUGAAUUAACUGUUUUUGUUUGGCUUGUAAAUAAAACCCCAGUGAUAAUAUUACAAGUUAUUUAUAAUAUAUAAUUGAUCACUGAAAAUAUUUUUAAAAAUCAAGAUUAAUAAGUCUAAUACCAUAUUUACAUAGUUUAUAAUUACUUAUUUGCAACUAAAAGAUAGCACUUUUUGGUUUUGUUUAAGCUUCUCAGUUCUAAUGUUUGAACUUGUCUGCUAUUUUUCACCACUUUUUGCCUUAAUUAUUCUCAUCUGUGAUUGGACCAAGUUCUGACAGCAAUGGUUUAGUUAAACAUUUACUACAAAACUCCUAGUGUUAAUCUGCUUGAGCCAUUCCAUUAUUAAAUAGUUGUUUUGCAUGAAAAAGUUAACCAUUUGUCAUAAAUGAUUUUCCAAGAUACGUGUUUAGUAGCUGCACAAUGUGAGUUAGGGCAAGUAAAUAUUUUCAGAUUCAUAAAAUGAAUUACAAGUUGCAUCUGUUGAUAGGAAACUUUAUAUUAAUUAUUUAUUCUGUCAGUGCAUUAUCAUAGCUAAAUAAACUAUAUUUAUUAUUACUCAACAUUAAAGAUUCUGUGGUGUAGUUCUGAUUUCUUAAACCAUGUAAGCCUUAUAAUUUUUCAGAAUGCAUAAAACAAACUCUUUUUACUAUUGCCUUUACUACAGGUACACAGAACAUUAUGUGAAAGUGACCUGCAGUUGAAUACAUACUUUUUUACUAUGCCUUUAUCAUUUUUAUUCAACUGUGAGUUUUCAUAAUGCCGUGUAUGGUGUAAUUGUUAAGAAUUUUGAGUGUGGUUCAUUGUGGUGUCUACUAGUAUUACAUGUCUUCUGGAAUCUAAAACUUUAGUUUGCAGUAGUCAGCAGGCUUAGUUGUUCUUAGCUUGGGGAGUGAAUAGUAUUUUCCAUGAGUACAAAGAAAGUCUUGCUGUCACUGUUACGUACUUAAUCAAACUUCAUAAAAUAUUGGACAGUAUAAUUUCCUGUUUAACAGUAGAAGAAAAGACUUGUAUACAUGAUAUGUAAACUCCAUUUUAAACAUUAAUUCUUUGUUUUACAUUUUCCAACAUGGUACAGCUAAAUAACAAAAUAAUCUGUAGUUUUGGAUAAAACUCAUUUGAAUAGACUUGUUAAAAGAAUUACCAUAUUUGUUGUCCAGAUUUAGCAGUUAGAUUUAUGAAUACACGUUAAACAAUUCACAGAUAUUGCCUUUCUUUUAAUGUAGUUAGCCAUUUUAAACUUGUUGUCUGUAGAUACCUCUUUUAAAUUAUCAGUUGGAGAGUUUAGAAGGUGCUACCCCCCAAAAAAAAACACAUUUCAUUGAUCUGAUAUUUUUAAAACUACUUAGUAUUAAAAGCCUUAACCUUAAAUGUUUUAAUAAAAAUGCCCAUCAUGAUCUCUAUUUUGUUUUUUAUGGAAGUUGCAAGAAACCCGAUUUUUAUGUAAAUAUUAGUUUUUAAUAAAUACUCAAUGAAUAUGUAAACCUGCAAAGUUUCAGUUGACUAACAAUAUCCAGUUCAUCGUAGUUAUUUAAAUGUGAAAAUUAUCAGAUAUGGGAAGGAAAUAAUAGCAAAUAGAAUUUCUGUAUCUGAGGUAGGUGCCAUAUGAAAAUAACCUUAACAUUAAAAUUCACUUUUUUUUAAUACUAUCACUUAAGCAGAAAUUAUUACAAGUCAGCAUUUUAAUCUACUCUUAAAUAUAUUACACCAGUUCAGUUUAACUUUUGUUUUUUACUUUUUAAACUGCUCAAAUUAAAUGUUUUCUAACAAAUGCUGUUGAAUAUGUGAGCAGAAGAGAGAUGCUUGUGUUAGUAAAUGAAAAUAAGUUAAGGUUUGAGGACUAUUUACGUUGUAAUUAGUCUGCAUCCCAGUUUUGUAUCUGUUGAAGUUCUGCUUCAGUAGUGUUAUUGUACAGUUUAUGUAUUUAUCACAGGUGAUGUAAAUAAUAGUAUUGGUUAUGUGUCUUGUAACAUUUUAAAUGGUCAAAUAAAAAUCACUUUGAGAAACCUGA